UAACAUUCGUCACAAACGUUUUAUGGAGUUUCGGUGAUUUUCUGGCGGCGCCUUCCACCCAUUUAGUUCCGGAUUUACGUACGGAAAUCGUUUCCUUUGAACUAUUUUUCAUCAGCUACCUGUACUAGUAAAUCUCACCGAAAAUGUCGUAUAUGUUAGCACAUUUGCACAACGGAUGGCAAGUGGAUCAGGCCAUUCUCUCGGAAGAGGACCGAGUUGUGGUCAUCCGGUUCGGGCACGAUUGGGACCCCACCUGUAUGAAGAUGGACGAGGUGCUGUACAGUAUAGCGGAAAAGGUGAAAAACUUUGCCGUAAUCUAUCUGGUGGACAUUACGGAGGUUCCGGAUUUUAACAAGAUGUACGAACUUUACGACCCCUGCACGGUGAUGUUUUUCUUCCGCAACAAACACAUCAUGAUCGAUUUGGGAACGGGUAACAACAAUAAAAUCAACUGGCCCCUGGAGGACAAGCAGGAGAUGAUCGAUAUCAUCGAGACGGUUUACCGGGGGGCUCGCAAGGGUCGGGGUCUGGUGGUGUCUCCGAAGGACUACUCUACGAAGUAUAGAUACUAAGGACGUUGUGAGUAUUCAGUUUUCAUAAUUAUUGAAAUGUGUUUUUUUUAUUAUUAUUAAGUAGGAACGAUAUUCGGGAAUUUACAUCAGUAUAUAUAAUAACAAUCCACUAUUGUUGCA